CUAUUCACGAGAAAACGUUUCUAAAUAAAUAAAAAAGAAAAAGUAUGAGAUGUUUGAACUGGGGAUAGAAGGUGUAUUUAUAUACAACUUUCUUUAUCGUAUCACAUGUAAUGUAUACGCACGCUAGAUUGCACGUGCAUUCUACUGCACUCCCUAUAAAUAUGUGUAGGUUACAAAAGGGACCACAUCACCCCUUCAUAUUCUAUCUUCUCACCCAACCACUUCCCCUAUCAGAAAUCUUGGGGUAAGGUUUGGAAUGAUGUAGGGUUAUGUCUUGAAAUGAAUAGUGCACAAAACAGUUCAAUCUAUAAUUGAACCUUUAAAACCCUUUACAAACGAGAACACAAUCAAAUGGCUGCAUGAUUUAAAUACACAAGUAUCAAAAAACAAAGGACAUAGAACAAAAGAUCUUCGUGUGUGUUUCAUGCAAUACAAGCCUCAAUGUCAAGCCUUAACAGAGUAGAAAAUGGACAAGGAGCUGAAGAAAACAAGACGGUCGGAAAAAGACAAUAACGACUCAUUCAGGAAAUGGUUAAAACAGAAGAGAAAGCAACAAAAAUUUGACAGAAAAAUCGAGAGGUACAGAAUUGCCGAGGAAGGACAUGAUCACGUGAUACGGAGCCAGGAAGAUUGCACUCGAAUAUUCAAAGCGUGGUUGCGGAAAAAGGAUAAGGACAUUCGUCAGGAGAAGGAAGAAACGGAAAGAAGACUUAAACUACAGGCAAUGGUGCAAAAACGAAAGAAAGAGAUAGAGAAAAUGAAACUAGCACAUCUUCACGACAAGCCUUUCAUGUUAUGAUUUAUGAAAUUGACACAAAAUUAUUACAAACAGAAACAUUUGUGUAUGCUAAAAAUAGUUUGGAAAACGUAGUACCGAGCGAUACAGGAAAAUGGAAGCAGAGAUAAAACAACGCUACAUUGUUUUCAUAUCAAAAGGAAUUACAAAAUAUCAUUGCUUGUGUGGUAGACCAUCACAUGGAACAAACCAACCAAAACUAAUCUAACAAGAUUUUAUAAAUGUAUACAAAAUUUUGAUUAAUCUUUUAGAUCACUCAAGCAUAAAAUCGGUCAUUUCAUUAUUCAUUUCAAUAUCAUGGUGUUUACAUUAUAUUAUUCAUUAAUAUG